AGGCCAUUGGCGACGCCGAGUGCAUUCGCCUCGCCAAGUGGAUGGUGGCCCGCGGUCUGCGCGCGGCCAAGAAGAACCAAGACGCCAUCAAGGUCCUCGCCGAGCUCGAGACCGAGUACGCGUCAAUCGACGACUGCGACGGCUACGUCUGCGAAGAGAUGGCCGAGAACCUCCACGAGCUCGGCCAGGACGAGGCCGCCAAGCCGUACUUUAAGAAGGCGUGGACCGCGCUCCAGAACGACUCGCUCAUGUGCGAGCACCACCCCGAGCACCGCCUCGAGCAGUAG